GGAAUUUGCGUCCGGGUCCGUCUGAGACUUUUAUGAGCCCCCAAGCCUGGCCCACAGCGAGUACCAACAGUCUCUUUAAUCUCAUCACUUCCUCUAUUAGACCCGCAUCUAACACGUCUCAGCGUUCGCCGUCUAACACAAGAGAUAGCAAUAUGGCGUCCAAAACCCCCGCAAAGCUCCCGACAGCAACAAGACAUAAUAAACAGGACAACAAGGCAAAGCAGGGGCCGCAGCCCAAGGCCGGGUCGACUCCCUCGUCAUCCCAAAUGUCGGACAGGACGAGCAUGGCAAGCGCAAUGAGCGAAAUCACGACAUUGGCAGCAACGGAUAUCGUGGAUAACACUCGAAGUUCUCUGGGCCAGUUAGGUGUUCGUCACACUUCAUGUUCAAUGUUUCUUGCUCGCUGAAUGGUCGACGGUCGCGUUGUCUGUCGCUCAUCCCGCGAUCAGCAAACAUUUGACAAACUUGCAGAGCAAAUGACCAGCAUUGCACGGUUGGGCGAAGAGCUCGAGACCACCUCGAUCAUCAACAGCUUGAAGGAAGUUAUGGAUGCUCAAGAUGAAAAGCUGGGCGAGGACAUUGCGGGGAUCAAAGCUCUACAGGAGACCGUCCUCAAAACGGACGUCAUCGAACAUUUGAGGACGGCUGUCGAAACACUUGUGUCUGAGAUGAUCGAUGAACUCGUCAAGGAGCAGGUCGAACUGCUACUUCCGCAGCAUGUUCCGCAGGCGCUCGUUGCCGAGCUUCAGUCUCACAAGCUAGAGUUGGCUGAGGUCGAACGGAACCUGCACAACUCCGAGAGCCGACGCCUGAAUGCGCAAAUACGGACAUCUGGUCUAGAUGAUCCGUUGAGCACGAUCUACAAAAACGACGGCACGGCGAGCAGGCACUUCCCUGAGAAUCUUCAAGCUCUACUAGGAAUGGAUGACAAAUUCAUUAAAGCAAUGAUGCGCGAUUAUCAGCUAGCUGAUAUCUCCGACUCGCGAGAGAAGAACACGAACCGUCUCAUGCAGUUCUUCGGAAUAUCUUACCAGCUGGUCCCGGCUCGCGCAGGUGGGAACGUCCUGGUACAGAUCAGCUCGUCGAGGGUGAUGUAGGUUCUGGCGGACUUUUCGCUGUCGCACUCAGGCCUUGUAAAUAGUAUCAAGCGCAUUGGCAAACCUCACGAUUCACGACCAUCACUCUCAUUGACGGAGACGGUUAUUUGACUGAUUCAAGGUAGAUCGACAGGCUAUACAUUGUAUGUACACUCUGGCUCGUCUGACAAUACGCCCGUUCGGCGUUCUGUCAAUACUGACUCAAUUGCGUGCCGGCAUAUCGCAGCUCACCAACAACGAGCGGUAGAGCGAGCCUAGGUAUGGGUUGUGGGACUGAACGGAUGUAUAUCAUGGAAUUGCGUUCAGCAAGCCGGGGAUACUGGCUCGAGAUACCUGUGGAUGGAGUUCGAAGUGGCAACUGGACGGUUCAGAGGGUCGCAGCC